UUUAUACAAGAACGUUUUACAACUCACGAGGUUCAAAUCCUACAAAAAACGAAAGGACUUAUAAACAACAUUUCAGCCUGAAAUGGGCUAAUAAAAAAAAGAGUCAUGUAAGAAAGUCAUGUAAGUUUCAUAUGGCAAGCUUGAUUUCAAUUGGCGCGAAAACCAAACGGAGAGAUAAACUCGUGACUUUAAAGUUAUCAAGUAAACAGUCAACACGCAACAAGUUAACAACACUUGAGCCUAAAAGAAAGGGAAGCUGAGGUAGUUUCGAUAAAUAUUUUGUGUUGCUUAUAAAUAUAAGCGUGCAUUCAUAAUAUACUGAGAUUUCUAUGUUUUUAAAGGUUUGUGGAAGUUUAAAUUAGAAACAUGCAAACAGAAGCGCGUUUAUUCUUUCAUCGCAGAUAUUAUCUUGAGAUCACAUGACCCUAAUGGGCUUCCUUACCUUUUUGUGUCACAUAACAUAAAUAAGGUUUCAACUGUUUUAACUGCAUCUUUUCAACCUCGUUCCCAGCGCCUGUUGUCUCUUUUUAUAUCCUGAGGCGAGACUAAGAUGACCUUGGAGGGGGCCUCGUCACGUGACCCUUAAAUGCAUAGUUUUUCUGGAUGUAAUAUUUAAUGAGAUUUGUCCCAAUGUAUCAAAGUUUUUUAUAUGACCUUAACCUUGCAGAGCUCGGCGUUUUUUGUCACAAUGCGUCUGUAUCAAAAAAGCAUUCUUAAUUCAUAGCAUUUUUCUUCCAUUUUGCAGUUACAGUUGAACUCAUGUAAUUCGAACUCCUAUAAUUCGAAAACUCACUUAAUUCGAACAGAUUCUGUGGCCCUCUCAGAAUUUACCUUGAAAACCUUACAAGAAAACUCCUAUAAUUCGAACCCAUGUAAUUCGAAAAAUCAUGUAAAUCGAACAGAUUUUCCGGUCCCAUCAAGAAAUUUUAAUCAUGUAAUUCGAAUUUUCGAAUUUUUUGAGUUUUUGAAGCUUACCAACUCGAUAAUUUGCAAUCGAAUGUUUUUUUUUACAUUCGAUUGGAGCUCGUCCACUGCUUUUGGCUUCCAUUUCUUAUCAAGACAAGAUGGGGAAAAGAAAGCAUAAAGAACUCACUUUAAAAACAAAAUAUGAAGCUCUCCGUGACUUGGAGGAUGGUAUGUCCAAUAAAGACGCAUCCAUCAAGUACUCCGUUCCAAGCAGCACCUUGUCAACAUGGAAGAACAAUAAAGAGAAGAUAUUCCUUGCUUUCAAAAACUCGUCACUAAAACGUCAGAGAGUUAAGACUGACAAGUACGAAAAAUUGAAUGAAUCGUUGUUGACUUGGUUUACCUCAAUGCGUGGUAACAACAUCCCAAUUAAUGGACCAAUUUUAAUCGAGAAAGCUCGUGAAUUUGCGACAGCAUUCAACUAUGAAGAUUUUUCAGCAUCGAACGGAUGGUUGAGAGGCUGGAAGGAGAGAUAUGGAAUCACAUUCAAAGAAGUAUCUGGGGAGUCCGCAAAAGUAACAAGUGAGAUGACAGCACCUUGGGAAGAAACUACCCUACCAACUAUAUUGGCCAGAUAUGAAUUAAAAGACAUCUUCAAUGCCGAUGAAUUCGGCCUAUUCUACCAAGCGCUACCAUUAAAGUCUUAUCACUUCAAAGGAAAACGCUGUUCCGGCGGAAAGCACAGCAAAGUGCGCCUAACAGGAAUGACUGCAUCCAAUGCUUUGGGCGAACGACUUCCAAUGUUUGUGAUUGGAAAGUCCGCGAAACCCAGAUGUUUCAAAACGUGAGAAAUCUACCCUGUCGGUAUCGCUCGCAAAAUAAAUCCUGGAUGGAUGGAGUAUUAUUUGAAGAAUGGGUUAGAGAAUUAGAUCGUAAAUUCGAGUCACAAGGAAGGAAGAUUGUUUUAAUAGUCGACAACUGUCCCGCACACCAAAACAUCACAGAGUUAAAGGCUGUAAAUCUACAAUUCCUGCCACCUAACACCACUUCUUGUACCCAACCUAUGGAUCAAGGAGUUAUCAGGUAAAAUUUCUUCAAAGUUACUCAAUAUUCUGUUGUUUGGAAAUAUUUAUUUCCCAUUCAUUGUUUUGAAGCCAUUCCAGUGUUGUCAAAGAAAAAUGUUUGUUUGGUAACACUAGAAUGUCUUCCAAUUACUCUCUACCAAAACAAAACAAAAUCAAAAAUUUUUUUUGGCAUUCUAAACUUAAGUAAAAUGGCAAGAACUAAUAUUGC